AUGACUGUUUCUAAUACAUUUGAUCCAGCUGGGAUAUUCGAAUUAAUCGAAGUAGUUGGUAAUGGCACAUAUGGCCAAGUUUACAAGGGAAGACAUGUUAAAACUUCACAGUUGGCCGCCAUAAAAAUUAUGAAUAUCAAUGAGGAUGAGGAAGAAGAAAUCAAGAUGGAGAUCAACAUGUUAAAAAAGUAUUCGCAUCAUCGCAAUAUUGCUACUUAUUAUGGAGCUUUUAUAAAGAAACUGCCUUCGUCUACAGGAAAAUUAGAUCAACUGUGGUUGGUGAUGGAAUUCUGUGGUAGUGGUUCGGUGACGGAUCUUGUCAAAAGCACUAAAGGCAAUUCACUUAAAGAAGAUUGGAUAGCUUACAUAUGCCGUGAAAUUCUCAGGGGUCUAUAUCAUUUACAUCAAAAUAAAGUCAUUCAUCGUGAUAUCAAAGGACAAAAUGUUCUACUUACUGAUAGUGGUGAAGUUAAAUUGGUUGAUUUUGGUGUGAGUGCUCAAUUAGAUAGGACAGUUGGUCGCAGGAAUACAUUUAUAGGAACUCCUUAUUGGAUGGCACCGGAAGUGAUAGCUUGCGAUGAAAAUCCAGAUGCAACGUACGAUUCUCGAAGCGAUUUAUGGUCAUUAGGAAUUACAGCUUUGGAAAUGGCAGAAGGCCAUCCGCCACUAGUUGAUAUGCAUCCCAUGAGAGCACUAUUUCUUAUUCCUCGGAAUGCGCCACCACGAUUGAAACGAGGCAAAAAAUGGUCGAAAAAAUUCGAUUCUUUCAUCGAAACAGUGCUGGUAAAAGAUUAUCAUCAGCGUCCGUACACAGAUCAACUUUUGAGGCAUCCAUUUAUUCGAGAACAACCACCUGAACGACAGACACGUAUAGCAAUCAAGGAUCAUCAGGAUAGACACCGCAGGAUCAUCACUAAAAAAGAUGAAACAGAAUAUGAAUAUUCGGGAAGUGAUGAUGAUGAAAAUCAUGGACAAGUGGGUAAACCUCUUGACGUAGAUGCAGAAUUAGCUGGCGUAGUACAGUCAACACAGGACAACACUUUGCGGAAAGGUUUUCAACGCUUGCAAGAAAAUAAUAAGAACAUGUUCGAGCACUCACCGUCACAACCGAUCAGACAACGUUCUGCUCUUGCUGGACCUAUCGUUUUACCAACGGGGCAGCAUCAUCACAUUUCACAGCAUCAACAAAAACAUCCAUCCACUUCUCAAGCAUUUCAACGCAAUCCCAGAUUUGGUGUCGAUGAUUCUCGAGAGCAUGUCAAAUUGCGACAGCAGCAGGUAGAUCCACGCUUGGCUCUGAAUGGUUUAGGCCAUCAGCGUCACGGCGAUCAUAACCGACGAUCACAGCGACCUCUUUCUCAUCACCAAGCAUUUCAGCGUGGUAUAUCACCACAUCAUGCAAGUGCUUUAAUGCCCCAACCGAAUCAUCCUGCUGCUCCACAUCUUGCUGAUCUUGCUAACUACGACCGGAAACGUCGCAGCGAGAAGGAAGCAGCACGGGUGGCAUCUGAACAGCGACGUGAUAGAAGUGCUGCGUCACAUGAUCAGGUUCGUGAUAUGUCUCGGGAGCUAAAGAAUCCUUCACAUAUUGCCCGUGUAAGUGCCUCACUAGCCGCUUCAACACCCGUACGAAAGCUGAGCGAACCGGUUUUGAAUGGCAAAGCUGAAAAUCAAGAUUUGGAUGUGUUAGCAAAUGAGCUAACACGGAUGGGAAGACAUCAACAAAAUGGCAAUUACAGUCCACCACCACCUGCUCCACCACCGCGUGAUACAUCGAUAAUGAGUGCAGUAGAUGAAGCUAGCGGAUCUCAUGAUGGUACUCUUCUCGCUAGUGAACCUGCUCAUGGACAUCAUGAAAAUUUAAGCUUUACUCUCAUUAUUUUAUCCUUUUUUUCCUGGUCUGCAGUGCUGGAAGAAGGAACACUUCGUGGUCCGAAUAAGCCAUUACCGCCAACACCAACAGAUCAGUCUCCAGUAUCCGACAUUCCAGGCGACGAUGGAACUUUGCUUGCUUCUCACAAGAUAAAUGGCAGUAUAGAUCAUCGUCGCAGUAAUAGUGAUUCGUUGAGCAAAAAUCGACAGUCUCAAAUGGUGAAGGCAGCUUCAAUGCCCGAUCAAACAUCAACAGCAGCUGAGAUAAUUAUUGGUUCCGGCUCGAGCGGUAGUGAAGGCUCUGGAUCAUCACCUGAAGCAUCACCUUUUGAUGCUCGCAAAAGCAACAACCGAAUAUCCGGCUCGGCAGCAAGUGGAAAACGAUGUGGUGUUAUGCCGGAUUUGUUACCAAGAACACCCAUCGAACGUUCCACUCCAUUCUUCGUUUUUACGAAAGAUGGUAGUUCUCCAAGUAUUGAAUCACAAAGCGCUGAAGAGUAUCCUUCUGGCGUGAAUAGUUUACCAAGAGCGCAAGCACCUUUAGCAGCACGUGAUCGUGAAAAGUCAUUCGUUGCUUACUUUGGGGCAGGUAUGAGCGGAUCUGGUACAGUGAAUCGACCAGGAAGAGCACAAGAUACUAAUCAGGUACAAGUGAAUGUUAAUCCGAAUCCCGUUGCAGCAAGCAAUGGUUUACAUUCUGAUGGUGAUGCCCCUGAAAUUCGUAAAUACAAAAAAAAAUUUAGUGGUGAUAUUCUAUGUGCAGCACUUUGGGGAGUGAAUUUAUUAAUAGGAACCGACUCAGGUCUUAUGUUACUUGAUCGUAGUGGUCAGGGCAAAGUAUAUCAAUUGAUAACACGUCGACGCUUUGAACAAAUGACGGUGCUUGAAGGUCAAAAUAUACUCGUAACGAUAAGUGGACGAAAACGACGAAUACGUGUGUAUUAUUUGUCAUGGCUCAAACAAAAAAUUCUCCGAACUGAAGGUGUUAGUGGUGUUGAGUUGGAAAAAAGAAAUGGCUGGGUGAACGUUGGUGAUCUACAAGGUGCCGUACAUUUUAAAAUUGUUCGUUAUGAAAGGAUCAAAUUUCUUGUGGUGGGUCUUGAAAGUACGGUUGAGAUUUAUGCAUGGGCUCCGAAGCCUUACCACAAAUUUAUGGCAUUUAAGGCAUUUAGUCAGCUAACUCAUUUACCGCUUAUUGUUGAUUUAACAGUGGAAAAAAAUUCCCGUUUAAAAGUACUCUACGGUUCUCGUGAAGGAUUUCACGCUAUUGAUUUGGAUUCUGGUUCUAUUGAUGACAUUUAUACGCCUGCUAAUACGGAAACAGUAGUAACACCACACUGUAUAGUAAUACUGCCGAAUAGUAACGGGAUGCAACUGCUGCUGUGUUACAAUAAUGAAGGCGUUUAUGUUAGUACGUAUGGCAAAGCAACGAAAAGUGUCUUUCUGCAGUGGGGAGAAACGCCUUCUUCUGUAGCUUAUAUUUCCACGGGUCAGAUAAUGGGAUGGGGUAACAAAGCAAUAGAAAUCAGAUCUGUUGAUACCGGCCAUUUGGAUGGUGUUUUCAUGCACAAAAAGGCGCAGAAAUUGAAAUUUUUGUGUGAACGCAAUGAUAAAUUGCUAGUCGUAUCAAACUGCUCUGCACAUGCUGAUGAGGCGUAG